AUGGCGGCUGCCGCCUGCACUGCCGUUAACAACACCGCGGUUAACAACACUACCAACCCGCAGAAACAACACCGGAGGAAAAGUAGAGAUACGCGGCGGAGACAAGCAGCUCUCUUUUUCCUUAGUAACAUUUCACUAGAUGGACGGCCAGUACAACAGACAUACCAUGGAAACCGAGACAGCGAGUUGUUGGGGGGCGAUAUCGGGGCGACAGUGGCCGGGAUGUUAACGGUGUCUAGCUAUGGGACCUUCACUAACCUACCRACGUCUGUGAGCUGCGGGACCGUUGGGAACGUUAGCGCCGUUCCGGGACUCGGAGUCAUCACUGUCCCGCCUAUCCUCGUUCUGCCUUCGGACUCGUUCAAUGAUGGGACAACGGAGGUAUUUCUGGAGAGGCGAGAAGGAUCGUUUUCCUCACAGGGAAACCUCCUCUCUCCCUCGGGUCUCCUUCCUACUCCCCUCGGACGGCGGAAGUCCUCCACAUUGCUGUCGGUCCAGAGUUGUAAUUCGGUGACUUCGGAAUCGGGACGAAGUCGGACUCGUAACCUGUUGGGCUCCCCCAGACAUCGCCCUGCGAAGAAGGUCCACUUCAUCAAGAACAUGAGACAAUACGACACACGGGGCAGCAG